AUGCUCGACACAGGUGCUUCCGACGUUUCAACCGCUGGCCUAGACCAAUUCCAUGCCUGGCAGCGCGAAGACCACUGCGCUACCCUCGAUACCACCCGCGCAGGCCAGGCAGGCAUCUCCUUUGGAGAUGGACCCCGGAUUGUGUCUGUCGCCGAUAUGGACCGGCUAGGCUUGUUUUUCAACAAUCAGACCAACGAAGUCGUCCGCGAUGACAUUCGCGUUCCCGCAGUACGUAAAUGGGGCCACGCAUGGUUCCAUCUAGCUAGACUCCACCGACUGCUUAGAUGUGCCGGGCAUGAUGAUAUUGAUGAGCAGUUUACCCUUAGAGACGACCGCGAGUUCAAUUUCGAGAUAACCGCGGAUGUAGUCCAAAUAGGCGGAAAGCCUGUGCUACACACACCUACCAAGGCCCCCCGGACUUUAUGCGCCACGUCCCUCCGCCGCGCCUACGAUAUCCUCCAAGCAGAGUUGGGUGCCCCCUUUGAACAGUCCGAUACCCAAGAGAUUAACAACCUAAUCGCACAGGGUGUGUUUGAGUUCAUUCGUUUCGACCCCGUGGCCCACAAAGGCCAAAGACUCUUUAAAGCCUACGAGAAAUCCCGUCUCGUCAUUCAAGGCUAUAACGAUCGUGAUAAAGAGAAUAUCCUUACCCAGUCGCCGACCGUGCAACGGGCAGCACAGCGGCUACUCCUCUCAAUUGCCCCCUCCCUCGCAGGUGAAGCCUCCGUCUUCCUGCGUGAUAUCACACAAGCGUAUAUUCAGUCCAAAACCCCCCUGAAUCCAGAGUCAGCCGCCGGCUUCGGCAUGGUCGCUAUGCAGACGGAUGACACCCUCCUCCUCGCCUCCCCUGAGUUCGCGGCCGCAGAAGAAAAAGAGAUCCAGAAGGCUAAGCUCCGCUCGAAACCAAGGAGCCAGCUAUCGGCCACGACUCCCCUCGAGUUUAAUGGUUGCACACUUCUAGCCGAAAAAGACGACCUUAUCAUCCAGCAGAAGGGCCAAGGCCAGAAGUUAGCCACCAUCUUUCUCUCCUCCACGGAUCGCGCGCAGCAAUACGCCCAACAGCGCGCGCGCGGAGCAUAUAUCGCAUCAAUCUGCCAGCCCGAGGCCACCUCACAACUGGGCUUUGUUAUUGUGCUCGCCAACGAGGAACAGAGCCCUGCUGAUUUCACGAUCAGAGGCAAUGUCCUGCACUGGUCAUCUACGAAGAGCAAGCGAGUGACCCGGAGCGUGCUAGCCUCGGAGAUCUACGGCAUGGUCCAAGGUUUCGAUAUGGCCAUUGUCAUCGCGACCACCCUGCAGGCUAUUGUCAAGCAGCUGGACCUACCCCCGACUCCCCUCAUUGUCUGCACCGACUCAUACUCGCUAUACGAAUGCCUCGUAAAGCUCGGGACCACGAAAGAGAAGCGACUCAUGAUUGAUAUCAUGGCGCUAAGGCAGUCCUACGAGCAGCGCGAGAUGGCAGAGAUCCCACCCAACCGUGCUUUGGAACGGUUGAUUGAGACGAACAGGCUGACGAUUCGAGUGGAAGGAUAUGUACAACGACCCGUGACCGCAGACACCACCUAA